GGUGAUGCAGGAGUCACUGGCCGGAAAAUUAUUGUGGACACUUAUGGUGGAUGGGGCGCUCACGGAGGUGGGGCUUUCUCGGGCAAGGACUACACGAAAGUGGACCGAUCAGCAGCCUACGCAGCCCGGUGGGUGGCCAAAUCUUUGGUGAAAGCAGGGCUGUGUCGACGGGUUCUGGUCCAAGUUGCCUAUGCUAUUGGCGUGGCUGAGCCACUGUCGAUCUCCUUGUUCACUUAUGGUACCUCUGCCUACUCUGAGCAAGAACUUCUCAACAUUGUCCACCAAAACUUUGACCUUCGACCUGGAGCCAUUGUCAAGGAUCUGGAUUUAAGGAAGCCCAUUUAUCAGAAGACUGCUUGUUACGGCCACUUCGGAAGAAGCGAAUUUAGUUGGGAAGUUCCAAAAAAGCUUGCCUUCUAACUUUCUUGGGCCAACCUCUCUCCAUUUCAAAGGAACAGGAUUUUACUACCCCGAGUGCUUCCGUUGACCAAUGUCAGUGCUGAAAAAGAAAAUAAUAAUGGAGAAACGGUCCCCUAGUUGCUUUCUCUACAUCUCAUCCCAUGCAGACUUUACAGAGGAUAAAUUUGGGGCAGACGGACGCCAUUUUAAUUUUGUCUAAUGCUGCUAUUUUGGGGUAGGGAAAGGAAAUUCCCUUUGAAAAGAUGAGAAGGGCCCUGAAACCUACAAUCAAACAACGGACUUUGUUUUUAUUUUUAUUUUUAUUUUUCCAAUCCAGCAAAUCUACAUCUUUCUAAACUACUAAGAGGAAGAAACAUGUUUUUA